CGAGUGGCCAGAAAGGGAAUAUGAUUGCUUUAGCUUUAUUCAUGAUUUGCUUGUGGUGUCUGGUUGAUGUGACAGAUGAAGUGAAGACAAUAUCAGUGAUGGAGGGAGAUCCGUUCACUCUACACACUGAGGUAAAUGAAAUACAGAAGUAUCUGCUAAUACAGUGGAUGUUCGGAAGCACUCGGAUAGCUGAAAUUAACAGACUCACCCAAACCAACUCAACAUACGAUGCUGACGGGAGAUUCAGAGGAAGACUGAAGCUGGAUCAGACUGGAUCUCUGACCAUCACAAACAGCAGCACCACACACUCUGGACUCUAUCAGCUAGCGACUGUCAACAGAGAGACCAGCUAUAUGAAUUUCAAUGUUACAGUCUGUGCAGCUCCACACAGAUCUUCACCAUCAGAAAGAUUGUCAAGCUCAAACUGUGUGACGUCCAGCUGUGCGGUCCACAAUUCUACCGUCAAUCACACUGAGGAGGCCAACAUUACUGAGCUCUUUCAGCCGAGUUCAGUCUGCAUUGGACAUUGUGGCUCUACUGAAGCUGUGAUCCGAUUGGUCCUCUCUGUUCUGGUGGGCGUGGCUGCUGUUGCUGUGCUGGUUUAUGACAUCAGAUCUACAAGAAGUGAGCUGAACACGACAGAAGAGACCGAAGAUCUCUAUGAGACCUAUGGAGGAAAAUCAGACUUACAGUAUGAACUGAGCAGAAGGUUGAGUUGCCCAAAAAAAGCCCUAUAUUAAUACUAAUUCCUGUAUAAUUGCAUAUCUAUUUUUUUAACAGAUUGUGUUUAAUUCAUUGGCCAUCCAUUGAUUGUAUCUGCACAGAAUAUAUCUGUAUACAUAAUUACCCUAAAUAAAUAAUAAACACAAAUGAUGGUAUAGAAUGCUCU